CCACCCAACUGAUCUCAACUUUAUUAGAGGCAUUUCCUGUUUUGUGAACAACAUGCUUGAGCUUGGCGUUUUUAUACUUACCUUGCUUCUAGACUCCAGGUUACUGAUAUCUGCAGAGACCGUGAUUACAUGUGAUGGGUUUGUCCAGCGUCUCACCUGUGAGUCUGGCGUCAUCCAUGUGCAGUCAGCAACCUGUGGCCGCACAAGCUACCAAACGUGCAGCACUGGACGACCCCAAAACGAAAUCUCGAAUCUUCAGUGUUCAAUAGAUGUCCCUGCGGUCUCUAAACGGUGUGAAGGACUGCAGAUGUGUGAAUUAAACACUCAAGGUCUUGCCCCACAAGAUCCAUGUGUCGGAACCUACAAGUACUACACUACCAAUUACAUUUGCGUCCCAGCAAAAACAAGUGUGACGUGUCAUGGUGGAUACAGUUAUUUGAGAUGUGAAAAGGGUAAGAUUCAGAUAAAUACUGCAAACUAUGGACGUACAGAUAAAACCACCUGCUCUGAAGGACGUCCAUCCAGUGAGCUUCAAAACACCAACUGCUUCUCCCCGAAUGCACUGGCUCCUUUGUCCAAAAGCUGCAAUGGCAUGGAAAGUUGUGAGGCGUUUGCAACUCAUACGGUCUUUACGGACCCCUGUGUUGGCACAUACAAGUAUCUCGCAAUCUCCUAUCUUUGUGUUCAAUCUGCAGUCCGUUCAAGUCUGGUGUGUGAACAUGCAAAUAAUACCCUGGCAUGUGAUGAUGGGACGGUCAUUCACGUUGUCAGUGCUAACUAUGGCCGAACUGACGACAGCACAUGCUCUGCGGGACGACCUGCUUCUCAGGUUACCAAAACCAACUGCUACUCCUCAAACACCAAUGUAAUAGCUACUACUGCGUGCGAAGGAAAAAAAAAAUGCUCCCUACUUGCCUCCAAUGAUGUCUUCUCUGAUCCUUGUCCAAACACAUUCAAGUAUCUGUAUGUCUUGUACAGCUGCAUAUCUACCUAAUGCAGUUGACUUCUCGUGAAUUUGACCUCCCAGAUCAGAAACUUGUGGGGGGUGGGUUUUUUUUUUUUCUCUUCUCCCUCCCUCCCUGAAACUGAAAGACAUUCUUCCUUGCAAUAAAUGCUUCGAAGACA